CCUCCUCACGCACUGUGAAUGAAAUUAGCGAGAACACCGUAAAAUAUACAACACUGGUAAUAAUCAGUUAAGACUUCAGUUCACUACUGACUGUGGUGUAGCAGUGUUUUUUUUAGGAAUAUAGAUAUUUUAGACCCGAAGAAGACUAUAGCACUUCCGGUGUCAGCCUGCUUGGCUAAACUCUAUAAUAAGUCAUUGAAUUAGCCUGCUGUUUGUGUUUCGCUGUGGCAGCUGAUUUACAGACAUUUGUUCAGGCAGACAUGGCUAUAACAGCAGAUCACAUCCGGGAUAAACUCAUCAAGGAGCUCGCGGCAGUGCACGUGGAUGUGGAGGAUACGUCACUUAACAGAUGUGCUGCCAGCUUCAAAGUCCUGGUGGUGUCUUCCCAGUUUGAGGGCAAACCGCUAUUACAGAGACACAGGCUGGUGAAUACGUGCCUGGCUGAGGAGCUGAGAGAGAUCCACGCUUUCGAACAGAAGACCCUCACACCAGAACAGUGGGAGAAGCAGAAGUCCCAAUGACACACACACACACAGAGUUACACACACCGUAUCUCCCUCUCAUCAGUUUUGUCAUUUCUGCUAUAAAACAGGCCUUAUAUCUCUCUUAUAUGAAGAAUGCAAACAAGCACUCUGUCAUUUUCUGUGAAUCCAAAAUGUGGAUUUAGAUCCUGUGAAAUGUUCUGCUGGCAAUAAAAACACGUUGAUGCUA